AUGGAGACGACGCAGGGCGGCGCCGGCGCCGGCGCCGGCGCCCACCAACUCGGCCAGCGCCACCAGGGGAUGACGGGCUUCGCAUCCGAUCCCGCGUCCCCGCUCUCGCCGCCGCUGUCGCCGGCCUCGGCGGCGGCGGCAGCGCUGGCGAACGCGCGGUGGACGCCGACCAAGGAGCAGAUCACCGUGCUGGAGGGGCUGUACCGGCAGGGACUGCGCACGCCGACCGCCGAGCAGAUACAGCAGAUCACGGCGAGGCUGCGGGAGCACGGCCACAUCGAGGGCAAGAACGUCUUCUACUGGUUCCAGAACCACAAGGCACGCCAGCGCCAGAAGCAGAAGCAGCAGAGCUUCGACUACUUCAGCAAGCUCUUCCGCCGCCCGCCGCCGCUGCCCGUGCUCCACAGGCCCCUCGUCCGUCCGUUCCCGCUCACCGUACCGCCGGCGAUGCCCCCGCCGCCGUCGGCUCCGACCGCAUGCAACACCGGUGGUGUGAUGUACAGGUCGCCGACCUUCAUGCCGGCCGCGGCAAACGCCGGCUACUACCCACAGCAGCAGACGCCCGUGCAGUACACAGGGAUGGAGGCGCCGCCGCAUGACAAGGUCUCGGUGCAGCCGCCGGCCACCAGCAUGUACCAGCUAACGGCGCCGGGCGGCGAGCACUUCGCACCGGCUGCUGCCCGCGGCGUUGGGGACAGGGCGGAGGAGGCGGGAGGCCGUGGCGGCGGCGGCGCCGGGCGCGAGACCCUACAGUUGUUCCCUCUGCGGCCCACCUUCGUGCUGCCGGAUCACAAGCCACGCCGAGCCGGGAGAGCCUGCGCCGCCGCCUCCCUGACGACGCCGUCCGCGCCCGCGUCGUUCUCCGGGGAGUCGGAGAGCUCGGACAGGCGCCCCAACAGCGAGGCUCCUCCGUUCUACGACUUCUUCGGCGUCCAUUCCGGUGGUGGCCGCUGAACUUGAAGAUGAGAGUGAGCGUGGAGUGGAGUGGAGAUUUGUUUGCCCGAUGAGUGAAUGGACCCGUCGUGUUUUGUUAAGUUUAUCUUCAUCGUUGUUUGGUUUAAUUGGUCAAGGGAUUAGAGGAAGGAAGGUGUAACCGCUUCAUCAACUUGAAGUGUGUCGCUGAAAUGAAGUUAUCCAUGUUUGGG